UAAUCAAACGAAACGACACGCCUGUCAAAGCCAGAACUGCCAAUCAGUCGAGCAUCCUUCUUUUUGUCGCAUCGACAUGUCCAGAACCGAGGAGGAAGAUGCAUCAGAGCUCAAAUUUGGGGAGGAUUUUGAGAAGGCCAAAUGUUUAAUGAACUGUGAAGUUGCCCUUCUUUUGGAGCACAAAUUGGAGCAGUUCAAACAAAUGUCCGAUGAAUCAAUUAAGCAUAUUCCCCAAGUGUUCGAGAAGUCUCUGCAGUAUGUUAAGCGCUUCAGCCGCUUCAGUAAUCAAGAUGCUGUGAAGCAAGUUCGACAAGUUUUGAGUAGAUAUCAGCUAGCUGAGUACGAGCUUGCUGUGCUUGGGAAUUUAUGCCCUGAAACUGUGGAGGAAGCUAUAAGUGUUAUUCCAACUCUUAAGGUUUGUCCCCUUUAAUAUCUUUCAGAGUCUACUUUAUAACAUGCUUGAUG